GUCUGGUCAGUAUCACUUUCUCUCGCCUUCUAAAGCGUAAAAGAUGACUAUCAAAGUUGCUGUAUUCGUUGUCUUAAUGGCUGGUGCCCUGGCUGACUCUGGCCCUAGAUAUAGUCCUCCUACUCCUUCCUACAAUCCUCCCGCUCCUACAUACAACGCCCCUGCACCCGUUCCUUCGGGACCUGCUCAGUACGACUUCAACUAUGCCGUGAAGGACGACUACUCUGGAAACGACUUCGGUCAUCAAGAAAACCGAAACGGAUACGACACUCAGGGUACCUACUACGUCCAGCUUCCCGAUGGUCGUCUGCAGACGGUGACUUACACCGUGAACGGCGACUCCGGUUACGUAGCUGAAGUUUCUUACCAAGGAGAAGCCCAGUACCCAGCCCAGGAGCCUUCUAGGUCCUAUCAACCCGCUCCUGCUCCAUCCUACCAGCCUGCCCCCUCUCCGUCCUACCAGCCUGCCCCCUCUCCGUCCUACCAACCUGCCCCCUCCCCAUCCUACCAGCCUACUCCCACUCCUGCCUAUGGUUAAUCGUUUAUACUGACAUCGAAUGUCCUCUAAAGCAGGAAUGAAUUAUAUGUAUAUGACUGUAAAUAAAACAUAUUUUAAAUAGUAAAA